GUAAGAGGUUCUACGAGUCGGAGUAGUAGAUCGUUCGGUCCUGCGACCCGGAGACGUUAGAGAGCGAGAGAGGAAGAGAGCGUAGUGUGUGAGAGUGAGUGAGAUAGAUUGCAUGAGUGCGAUAGAGGAAAAGUCUGGGAAGCAAAAAAAGUGGAAAGCGGAAAACCCAAGCCGUUCUGAAGUGGAAUGAUACCCAUUUUCCAGUGUGAAAACGGCCCCCUUAUAUACACCAAUAAUAAUUGUAAGAAACAGCGAUAUUCGUCAAUGCACGCGGCGCUCGAAUCGAGAAGCUGACGGAAAAGUCCAGUUACUGCUGCAGACACGCGCAUCAUCCAGGAAGAGGAGCGGAAAAGUAAUCAAGGAAGAAGUGCGCGUAGUGAGUUCGUGAGAUAAAAAAAAACUGAUACGACAACGGAAAACAAGUGUGUGCAUCUCUGUUCUCAUCUUUUGCUGCUAGUCGAAAGAGAGAAUUAGAAAGGUUUUAGAAAGUGCUGUGGCAGUAGCAGGGUUGGCGAGCGAGUGCAAAGUGUCGUUAGUUGGCGAAAGACGUCGCCAUACGCGCGAGAAAGAAGCAAAGUGUCCCUAUAGGACAUAAAGUGGGUUUCUUGUUUUGUUCGAAUGCCCGCGGCGUGAUAAUAAUACUGUAAAUAGCGUUAUAAAAUUCAGGUAAACCGUGCAAGUGAGUGAUCAUACAGAACGAAGAAAGAAGAAAGGACCGAUCGAGUGUUGUGGAACGACGAGAACGCGAUGACAAACUCGCACAACCGAAACGGCCGGAACGCUGGCAGUGGCAGCAACACCGAGCGAUACUUCCAGAACCACAGCCCCCAGCAGCUGAGCAACAGCCCGGGUGCAGCCUCCCAGUAUUCGCAUCAGUAUGUUGCUGGUGGGAAUGGCGGCAAGCGAGGUGGUGGGGGUGGUAACGGUAACGGUGCAAAUGGUGGAGGCAGCCGGGGACAACGUUCGCCGAGCACGAACUACUUCCGUAGUAUCAACUCCUCGUCGAACGCUAUACCGAUAGUACAACAGAAGCAGCAGCAGCAGCAGCAGUAUCAGCCCCAACUUCGGCAACCCUCGUCUUCACCGACCGGUGGCCGUAUGUCGGGCGGUGGCUCGCGCCACAACAACAGCAACAGCAGCAGCGGCAGCAGCAGCUCAAACAAUAGCUUUAACCAACGCUCCAGCCCAAGCAACGGGGGCGGCUUCCCGUUCUCGAUGUCUUGCUCGCCGUUGGGAGCAGGGGUCGGAGGGGGUAUCGGCGGCGCACCUGUAUCAGGUUCCCCGCCGAACUUUUCCCACUUUGCCGGCAGCAAGUGCUACGAUGCACCCGCACCCACCGCGCUGCCGAAGCCACCCGUCCACUGGACGGCAGUCGGCAGCGGAGCAGGCGGCGCUAGCAACAGCAGCAGUUCCUUGUCGAUGGCGAUGAUGAUGGCGCCCUCGGGCAACCAGAAUAGCAAGAAGUCGUUGGCAGGAGUGUCGUCUUCGUCAGCGUCCAACGGCGGUGUGCUGAAGCAGCAGCAGUUCUAUCAGCAGUCGCAGUCGUAUCAGCAGCAGCACCAGCAGUCGCGCCUGCGGACGAAGGCGAUGAAGUCGUGCGCUUCGGCCGCGGCCAAGGUGAGCAAUCGCCACGCUGCCGUUUUCACGCACAGUCUGAAAACGAUCCUCAACGUACAAGCUUAACAAUCCGUCGCCACCACAAUAAGCAGCAACGGUAGUGAACUCAACGGUACGAUCAUGACGACGACAACGACGAAGACAACGGCAGCGGUAGUAGCAGCCGAUGCAGGCGCACGAGAUAUCGUAUCGAUUACGAGUUUGUCGAAGCGCGAUAAAAUGAAGGCGAAGAAUGCGGAGACACAACAGGGGAAGGACACCGAUGGCUCAACUGCAGAACUCCAGCAGCAGCCGGAGCAAUCGCAACAACGUAAACGGAAUCGAAGGAGGAAAAAGCAACACCAGCAGCAGCAGCAUCAGUCCGAGUAAACGGGGGGAUGCUGCUUGGGGUGCCAAUUUUGUCUCGGGGUAUCGCCGGGACAGAAACCCUCGUCGGGAAAGUUGAGUUGGAGGAUAAAAUGGUAGAGUCUACAAUCGACUGGACGACCGGCAGGUUUAGAAGGUAUCAGGAAAGAAAAGCAACUGACUACCGGAGAGAAAGCGCGAAAAAGGAGCACCUAUGAAUAUGAUAAUCGUGCGACCGUCGUAACGCGCCAGGUUACUCAAAGAAAACAGGGAUUGUACAGACGCAUGGGAAUGCCGAUCGUACUCUCCUUUGCGAAGCACAACACUGCAACCCGCGAGCCUUUAAGACGGAUAUUUCGGGUUAUUCCACAAACACGAAGCAGAUAUCGUCAGAUGCUGCUGCCGUGUUUUCCUCCUCUCUUCCUCAUUCGUCAGCGGUCGUUCCCAGUGUAGACAACCAUUUUCCUUGCGAUGCCACACACGGGUACGCUGGUGUAGGAAAUUCAUCGUCUAAAAGUAUAUGGUGUACUCUACGGCCGAAGAAAACGCCGCAGACAUCAUUACCAGUCUGGCCCCCGUAGCAAACCGUCGCCAUCAGCUUUUAAUCGUGUUGUCGCCGUUAGAAACCCUUGAAGGAGUAGAAGCGUCGUCCCGUCGCUGUUUGUCGCGUCGUGAUCGUAAUGUUGAGCAAAAGGUUAAGCAGUACCUCGAAUUGAAGAAGCGUUCGCCAUCAGCAGCUGGACAGCAUGCAUGGAUGGAGCAUCGUAGGAGGCGUGCACGAGUUUAGUCUUACCUGUAUGUAUGUAAAGGAAUUCUUGUGACUAUUUUUCUUUAUUUUUUUUUUGGACCGUUCUGUUUUCGGUAUAAUGAUCAAGUUAUUACUUUUAUUUGAACGAUCCAUUACGGUAAAAGCGACGAUAAUUACAUUGGUAACAGGGACAAGAUUGAUUAUGCGAAGACAGAAGGAAAUGUAGUGAUCGGCACUACUACGGUUGUAUUGACAGGAUAACGGAAGAUUUGAGUGAGAUUUGAAUAGCGAGAAGGGGAGAGAACGGUACAGCCUAUCGGAAAAAAGGUCGCAGAGCGGCAGAGCCCGUUUUAUGAACUUGUCGAUCGAGGAGGUAUGGAGAACGGUGGCUAGGGUACGGAGAGAUGCACCGAAAACUACCGACCGUAAGUCGGAAUUGGAGCAUUUUAGUUUGGAUAUAACGUGUGCAUUGCGAGACAGAAUGCAGGGAACGGAUAGACUAGCGAGUCAGCGUCUGAAGAUUUGUUUUUUUUUACACACACACACAGUGAAACACAACAGUUGCGAUGAGGUGUACAGAAAGAGAGGGAGAGAAAGGCUAAGAGGUUUGAAGGAUGCGUGUGUGAUUGUAAAGUUAUAUUCUAUGCAUUUUAGAGGUCGCACCCACUUGUACCACCCGACUGCAGUUGCAGUUUCCUCCGCCAUCCGCGCAUCGUAGAACGUUAUCUUUUUCUGCGUUGUUCUUCCCAUACUUGCCAUACUUCGAAAAUCGGCUUGCAAUCCAAGAGCGGGUUGCAAGUGUGUAAGAUUUGUUGUUUUUUUUUAUCUUUUGAGGGAGAUAUAUAAUUUUGCGGAUUUUACUACAUAGUAGCUACUAGUGCUUCUUUACUACUCUUACUACUAUACUCAUGCCAAACGAAAUAAUUGUGAUUUGGUCAAUUCCGACCAUGCGUCGAAAUUUGGCUCCUACUUGGUUAUUCUGGUCGAGGUACAUAAUCAAUCGAUCAGAUCGUUUGUACUUCGGUACGAAAUUGCAGUUACUCGACCAAUUCUCAUGGCUCCGACCUUCUGUAGUUGGAGCGUUUUACGGUAAGAAUUCUUGCCAAUUUCUUUUCUCAUGUAACCUUCAACUGAUUGAUGUAAAUUUGCUGCAAUAUUUCUAUCGUACAACUAUCAUAAUGUUCUACUAGAUAAGAUUUAGACCUCCCCCCUCGUUUUCGCUCGGUUGGGAAUUGUACAAAUUUGAAAAAGUACCUUCAGCUGUAAGAGGUAUGCCUUCCUUGUUUUUGUUCUCUUGACUUUUGGCAUUAGUGGUAAGUGGAGAAAUGUGGAAGCAACUCAAGAACUAUGGAAAGGGAAGAGAUAAACGCCACGAAUGUUUGCGUCCAUCGUGGCUGUGUGGUAGGAGUGUGUGUGUGUGUGUGUGGAUAUCGUCACGAUCUGCAGUACGAAGUGGCGUAAUGGAUUGUUAUUUUGUUUCUCGUUUUUAAGAAGACGGUGAUAUAUAAAAUUGAAUUUUAAGCAACACAUUUUUCAAAACAAAGGUACAACUCAUUCGCAUGUAGGACACGUGUAAAAUAUAGUUCAGAGUAUAAAAGUUGUGAA